CCAGAAGUUUCUGUGGCAUAUCUUAGUUCUUACUAUACAAGCAAACACUAGAACCAGUACACAAAGAGUGAAAGUUGCCUUAUUUAGACAGGAACUUUGAAAAUGGCACGAAAUGAAGACUUGGCUUCCAUGAAUGAAGCUCCAGAACGGAGCAUCACAAUUGAUGACAAGUUAUCCAACGAGGAGGAGUUGUUCAAACACAUAAAAGGAGCAAAAGAAAAGCUAGCUCAGUUUCAAAGUUCAAAACCAAAGAUCCAAAGGGUUCCCGACAUGCUUAGAGAUCAGUCAGAUCACCAAAGGGUUCCCGACAUGCUUAGAGAUCAGUCAGAUCACCGAAAUUUCGAGAAAUACUAUGAGCCAAGGGCAGUAGCAAUUGGUCCUUUCCAUCAUUAUAAACCAAGGUGUCAACUGGCAGAGAAGUUCAAGCUUGCACUGGCAGAAAAAUUUAUCGAAGACAGCGGCUGUCAAGUUGAAGAUUUGCACAAGAUCAUUGAGGAUCACAUCAACACACUAAAGGACUGCUAUGAUGAGGAAGUAACAAGGUCCUACACCGACGAGGCCCUCACACACUUGUUAUUCUUAGAUGGGUGUUCAACCUUACAGUUCAUAUAUUCGUUUAUGCAUGGUGAGUUGGCAGAAUUCAAGAUCAAGAGGGAUCAGGUUGCUUUUGCAGAACAGGAUUUGUUCUUGCUAGAAAACCAACUCCCUUACCAAGUCCUCAAGCUGUUGAUGAGCUUAAGUGCCAAAGAGGGGAACUUGAAGGCCGCAAUCGAUGGAUUUGUUGGAAGGAACAUCAUGGCAGCAGAAAAAAAAAGGAAAUCAAGUCAACCAGGAGAUAGUGUCAUAAACAUGGAAAAGCCCACUCCCAUGGAAGAGCCCACUCAUCUUCUCGAGCUUCUCCGGACAAAAAUGCUAGGCCCCAAAGCUGACGACGGCGAGAAGAUAAAAUCUGAAGAUGGCCAACUAUCGUUCCGCAACAUACAGGAGCUUAAAGCAGCAGGGAUCCAUUUAAGGCGUAGUAAGACAGGGACCUUGAGGGACAUAUCUUUUACUCAACCUCUAGGGCUUCUAGGCUUUGUAGGAUUCCUAUAUCUUCCACCAAUAUCAGUAGACGACUCCAUGAGGCCUAAGUUCUUGAAUUUAAUAGCCUAUGAAAUGUGUCCUGAUUUCCAAAAUGACUUUGAUGUCACCUCUUACAUAUGCCUUCUCGAUUCACUAAUUGAUCAUCCAGAUGAUGUUAAACAGCUAAGGUCGGCACGCGUACUACACAACUUACUUGGUAGUGAUGAAGAGGUGGCUCAAAUUUUCAAUGAGAUAGGUACUGACUUGGUGCCUAACAGUGACAUAUACCUCAAUGUCAAAGUUAAAUUAGAAAAGCACUACAAAAACAGGGGGAAAACCUGGAUGGCUCAAUUCUGUCACGAUCAUUUCAGUAGCCCCUGGACUAUCCUGGCUUUCCUUGGUGUUCUAGCAGCUCUGGGGUUAAGCGGCAUCCAGACUUGGUACACAAUCAAAUCUCCCCCCUCUGCCUGCGAUGCUGUAUGCGAGUACUUGAAGAAACAGCUAAAAAUAGAGUGAUGCACACACACAGAGGUACAAAAAUCAAGUUUGGUUCUUCCUAAAAUGGUUUCUGCUUUUGGUUAGUUUGAUUCCCAGCUUCAGCUCUCAUUAGGCAGAUAUGAAGCUGAACAUGUACUGUUAUUUCUUCACUUAGCUUAAGCUUUUAUCAUAAUGUAAUUCAAUAUUCAUGUGUGGAACGAUGUAAUUUCAUGAUGAGUUUCUCGAGUUUAAUCAGCACCUUUGAUAAAAUCGAGUCUGAUG